CAUAGAGUCAUUGUUUAGAACCAUUUCAUUUUUGUUAUAUGUUUUGUAGUUAUGUGAAAUUGUGUUUGUGUUUGUGGCAUCUUGACAGGUGUUUAUUUUUGAUUAUUGUCUGGGGCAACAAGAUAGACAUUUGCUGCAUUGAAAAAUUAUUAAAAUUGGCAAGCCCUUCAGUGCAGUCUGGGUCCAUCUGCUCGGAGGCUUUCUGCUGAACAGCACCUAAGUAAUCGUUCGGUAAGGUGUAUUUUGCACACAGACCUAAGAUUCGAUUCUUACAAAAUGGUCACUGUGCAAAAAUUGAACCCAGGAGAUUAUGAACAGCGGCUGCAUUUCUGAAGCAAAAUGACAACCUUAUUUUGUUUAUGAGUGAUGAGGCUCAUUUUCAUCUGAAUGAAUCAGCAGAAGUUUAAUUAUUGGGCCAGUGAAAAUUUAAGACAAAUUAAUGAGAGACCAUUGCACAGUCGUAAAGUUACAGUUUGGUGUGCUGUUGCCUGAACAAGUGUUAUUGGUGCAUAUCUUUUUUCAAGAUAACGGGAACACUGUAACUGUGACCUAGAAGCGCUAUAGACAGAUAAUUACUGACUUCAUCUUACCUUAACUAAGUAGAACACGUGUUCCUAUCCGACAUAUGUGGUUUCAGCAGAAUGGGGCUACAACCCACUCAGCAAAAAUGUUGAUGUUACCUAGUUAUUGGUCCUUUUUUCCCUGGUCGAAUCAUUUCCCGGUAUGUUGACAUUAAUUGGCCUCCUCUUGUCUGACCUGCCCAUGUGAGACUAUAUCUUGUGGGGUCACCUCAAGGCACGUGUAUACGAGUAUAAACCUGGACACUGGAACAACUGAGGGAAGCAAUUUGUGUGGAAGUCGAUUAAAUUGACAGAGCGAUGUUGGAGAGAGUGGAAGCCAACUUCCAAGAGCGGCUUGAGAGAUGUAUUGCAGAAAACAGCUGUCACAUGUGAGAUGUUUUCCACCAUUAAUUUUAUAAAAUGGCAACAUUAUGUGAACAUUCUGUAAAUAAAUUUUUUUAGAAGCAAAAUAACACUCAUUUUUUAAAAAUUGUCCGUCCUUUCUGUCUCAUCCUGUACAUUCCUACAGUUCAAGUCCAGUGUAUUUAUUAGCUAUUAUUUUUAUUAACAACAAAGCAGUAAGUAAAUUAUUGGUACAUUUUUUAGGUUUAUUAUAGCUCAUAAUAACAUAGUAAAAUGAUCAUUAUUUUUUUACAAAUAUAUAAUUCAACCUUUUUGUUGUAAUAACGGCAGAAUUUUUUCUUAUCAUAUUCUCAUUGUUUGGUACAUUUAGAGUGAUAGUGGGCUCAAAAUCAAAUAUUUUAUCUCCAUUCUUUGUUUUGUCUGUCUUAUGAUUGUCCAAUUUGAAGCAGAAUAAUUUCAUGGUUGUGUUUAAAGCAAAUAGUUAUGUAUUUAACAGCAAGUCACUACAACAAUUUCUGCUUUCUUGGGCUCAGAGCAAAUUGGUUUUUGGAAAACUCCAAACUUUGUUCUUAAAUGUCUAAAUGCACCUUCAAUUACUGAUCUAGUUCAUACAGACAGUAGCUAAACAUUUAACAGUUAAUAUUGCAUGCACUUUGAGUGUACGGCUCAAUUAUAUUUAUUUUUAUUGCAAAAGCUUCAUCUGAUACGAAAACAUAAGGUAAAUCUUCUUCUGUUAGUGGUAGUGACCAUGUCUCUGGUACAUUUAAUUUUCCUGUUUCGUAAAGUUCCCAAAAUUUAGUGUAGAAUUGAACACUGUCUUCGGAAACACGUCCAUUUGUAGCAACAUAUACCAUUAUGGAUUCCUUGUAAGAAUUUUCUAAAGCCAUAAGAAGUAUGCUGUAGGGCCAUUCCAUGAAAAUUAGGAAGUUUUAUUAAUUUAAAUGUUUUUUUUUCUGGUUGAGAAAACAUUACGUAAGAGAUUUUAAAGUUAUGGUCUUUGACAGACAAUGUUGAAUUUUGACUCAUUUAACAUUGAACAGCUGUUUUAUUGAUUCUAAUGUGGCUGCUAUUCAACUGUUUCUAUUUUGCUCAUAGAGAGGCUACUUUCAGGUUCUUUGGUAAGUACAUGUCACAUAAAUGAAUGUAUAUUUAUAUUUAAGUUCAAAAUAUAGGUUAUGCACAAACAUAUUUCUUGCAAAAAAAUAAUUUAAUAACAUUUUAUUGCUACUAAAUUAAUUAUUCAAUUGUGAGUGUUGAAGAUGUCCCGUACGUGACAAAUUUAGGUUAUGUUUCAUGUUUCAUCAGGAACAAAUUGUUAUUAUAUCUUACUUAUAUAAAUUCAAACUGUAUUAGAAUGCAGGUAGCUAACCUAAUUUUUAUAUGUUUUAAUUGCAUUAAAAACAAUAAAAAUUUUGAGAUACAAUCAUGUCCCGUACGUGACGUCACCUACGGGACAUAUGAAAAAUAUAAUGUUUUACCCAAAAUAUGUAGAAUAUUCACCUAUCUAAAAUAACAUAUUAUGUGUUACAUAAAUUUAUUAUUUCAAUGUUUUACUUUUAGUAAUCAAUUUAAUUGGUUUUCAGUGACAAAUAUGGAAUCUAAGAAGACAACAAGUGCUUCUCGGAUGAAAAAAAAUGAGGGAAAAACAAAAGACUGCAGAUCCAGAUGGUUAUCUUGAGAAGGAAAGGAAACGGAUUAAGGAACUGAGAAAGAAUAAGAAAAAGAAAAUGACAGUGAAAGACAAGGCUGCCCAAAAAAUUUAUGAAAGAAACAGGAAAAGACUUCAGAGAGCAAAGAAAAAUGCUAAAAAUGCAGCAAAAGCAAACAGUUCUGAUAUGUCUUCCUCUGGCACACCUUACAGUUGCAAGCAGACAUUAUCAAAAGCAGUUUGGAAGACUGCAAGGGCCUUACCAAACUCACCACGAAAACAAAAAGCUGUUGUGACAGGUCUUGCUAAACGCAUUGGUCUUCAACUGACUACGACAAUGGAAGAAAGUAUUGCUGGAACUAGAAACAGUUGUAAAGAAGAGACUUCUGUUAUAAAUUUUUUCUAUCGUCCAGAUAUAGUAUACACAUGCCCAGGGAUGAAAGAUGUAUUAACUGUGUGGGAAAAUAGAAAAAAAGUUAAAUUACAAAAGCACUUUAUGACUAUGUUUCUGCAUGAAGCAUUUUAUAUAUUCAAAGAAGAAAAUCCAGAUUAUAAAAUUGGUUACUCUAAAUUUUGUAGUCUAAGGCCAAAAAAUGUUUUGUUACUUAAAGAGACUCCUGCAGAGCAGUGUAAAUGCAGAAUACACGAGAACUUCAUUUUAAAACUUAAGGCCUUAAAACAUACAUACAACAAUGAAUUUUGGAAAAAUCUGUUGUGCAAUGAUAGCUUGAACUCUUUGUGUUGGCAGAACCUCUGUGAAGUUUGUAGUAAUGGGAAACGAAUGGUAGUCCCAAGAGAACCAGAUUCUAAAACCACUUGGAAAGAAUGGAAGAAAAAUGAUGAAAACAAAAUUAAGUUAGUUAUAAAAGAAGACUGUUUAGGUGAUAUAUAUAUAUGAAAAAUUGAUAGCAGAUAUGCCAAAAAUGAUGCUCCAUGUAAACACCAAAAGAAUACAACAUGAUGAGUUUGAGAAGGACAAAGCAAAUGGUACAAAGCGUGUUCUGGAGGUUGAUUUCGCAAUGUCUUUCAGUUGUGAGUAUCAAAAUGAAAUACAAAGUGCUUUGUGGUCUCGUGCUAGUGUUGUUUUAUUCACUGCUGCUGUUUUUUGUAAUGGAAAUUGCAAAACUUAUAUACUUUGUUCAGACACAAAUAAUAAGGAUAAGGACACAGUCUUUGUGUUCUUGGAUUUCUUUUACACAGAAAUACUUAAAGAAAAUUCUGCAAUUUCUGAAGAAAUAAUUUGGAGUGAUGGGCCCUCUUCAGAGUUUAAAAAUAAAUUCAUGGUGAAAACAUUGGAAAUAUUGAACCAGAAACACAACAGAACAUUUACCUGGAAAUACUUUGCGACAUCUCAUGGUAAAGGUGUAGUAGAUGGUGUUGGUGGCAAUAUUAAACGCUUAGUAAGAAUGAAAAUGAUGACGCAAGGGGAGGGAUGCACAAUACAGUCAGCUAAGGAUUUUGCAGAAGUAGCUGCACAACUUGAUACCAAAAGCCAUUUAUGGUAUAUAGAAGAGGACCACAUUAGGAAUGAAAUUUUAUCCCAAAAUCCUUGGAGAAAUGUCCCUUCGAUCCCAGGAAUCAAGGAAUUCCACAUUAUUACAUGUAGCACUUCGUCAGGGUUCUAUGCAAAAAACAAUGCACUGUCUACAAAAAUUGCACUCUCCAAUCCGAAAGGGAAUCUAUUCAACUUCCCUGGAAAAUGGGUAGUCGUAUGCUACGAAGGAAAAGAGUACCCUGGAGAAGUGGUGGAUGCAAGCGGAGAUCAAGUGCAGGUGUCAGUGAUGGUCCCUACAGGUCCCCCACAUCACUUCAAGUGGCCUCGACAACCAGACUGCAUUUGUUAUUUAAAAGAAGAUGUAGCAAGAGAGAUUUCUCCUCCAGUAGUGGUGAACAACAGAGGACUGUUUAAAUUUAUUGACAUUUAAAGUGAUCUUUAUGACCAUACAGAGUAACAGUUUUGUUAUUAAUUUUUUUUUUAGUUAGGAUAUAGGCAGGUAGAACUACUCUAUCAUUUUAUUUAGUUACAUUUAAUCAAUUUCGCUUAACAUAUCUCUAUGAGUCAGGUUGUGUAAAUUUAAUUUUUUUUUCAACACAACUUAUUUCAAUAAACAGCGCAGGCUUUCGCGGCCGUUGUCCGUACUUUCUAGGCUUCUGGGUUGUAGCCGCGUCAAAAUCAAAGUUUUCACCGACGUUUCGGUCGACGUCACAGUCACAAUCAUCAGGGAGAGAUUAAUUCAAUUAAUCUGCUCCCUGAUGAUGGCGACUGUAACGUCGACUGAAACGUCGAUGAACACUUUGAUUUUGACGCGGCUACAACCCAGAAGCCUAGAAAGUACAACUUAAUUUAAUAUUCUACUGAAAAAUUUAUUCAGCACAAUCUUACUAAUGUAAAUGUCCCAUACGUGACAGAAUUGUCCCGUACGUGACAAACAGAAAAAAAAAUUGUUUCUGAUUCAUUAUUGGAGUUUUUUCAUGCAUUUAUUGAUGUCUGUUUUUCUUAUUCUUAUAAGUUCUCACAAAAAAUAAUACAAGAAUAUCAUGCUAGAAUUCGGGCUAAAGUUUCAGUAAAACGUGUCCUCUUGAAACUAAUGGUUGACUAUAUGUGUCCCAUACGUGACGGUUACAUUUGACAGCAAUAUGUUGUUAACAAAGGUAUUUCUUAUCAUGUCUUAAGCUGAAAAUUUACACUAAAUGUGUAACUUCUGUAGAAACCAAGAAAACACAUGAAUAUACCCCUUAUAAUAUAAUUUUUUAUAGAAUUAUCGGUAUGAAAAUUUUUACAAAUGUCCCGUACGUGACAAUGGAAUGGCCCUGUAAUGACCUUUGUAAUUUAUGAAUGUGCAGGUUUUUGAAUUGUACAAUGUUUGCAAUCAAGAGCUGCUGAACAAUUCCAGAAUGGAAAUCUUUCCCUAAAUUUGGAAGCAAUAUUUUUCUGUUCUUUGUUUGUUUACAGUAUCUGAAAAUUAAAAAGUAAUGUGAAUUGAAAUUUUUCG